GGGAUGCGACGAAAUCUGCCGCUUAUCAUACGUUUAACCGAUAAAAAUUUCGAGAGAAAUCGGCACGAAAAAUCAAAUCGCGAGAAAGGCAAUCAUCGUUAGUGACUACGAAAUCGCUGAAAUUCCCAACUUUCAGUCUCGAUCUCUCGGGACAUACAUAAAAAUCAGCUGAUGACGUAACAUAUAACGAGCGUAAGAAGAAAAGUUAGUCGCAUACUCGUGUCGGUGUUGGUGGGCGCGAGACUUGCGCGAGACGAAGUAUGGCGUAGGAUUCCCUCUGGCCUCUUUCGUUGAGCAGUGUUAAGAGUUCACUCUACUUGGUAGUUUUGUUUGUCUAUUAUUUCGCUAACGGGCACGAAAAGGACAUCGAGUAUCUGUACAGGAUGAGCGUCGAUGCAUAUGGACCUAGCAGUCAGACCCUUACAUUCCUCGACACAGAGGAAGCUGAUUUAAUCGGUGCAGACACGCAGGGUAGCGAAUUUGAUUUCACCGAUUUUACAUUACCCUCACCGAGUCAAACUCAAGCUUCGCAACACGAUGCUGCCCAAAGUCAACCUAACCAGCCUGUACAGGUUAAUGGAACAAGUGGCAGUUCAUCUUUAGAGUUGAAAAUUUCUGGAGCAGCACAAAGUCUUGCAGAAUUACAAUUUGAAGAAGAAGAAGAAGAAGCAUACUACAAUCGUGAUUUACCAGAACAUGCAUGUAAAUAUUGUGGUAUUCAUGAAGCAUCUUGUGUUGUUAUGUGUAAUGUCUGCCGCAAAUGGUUUUGUAAUGGACGUGGAAAUACAUCUGGUUCUCAUAUUAUUAACCAUCUUGUUCGAGCCAAACAUAAGGAAGUUACUUUACACAGAGAUGGCCCUUUGGGAGAAACUGUUUUGGAAUGUUAUUCAUGUGCUGUUAGGAAUGUUUUUGUUCUUGGUUUUAUUCCUGCUAAAGCAGAUUCUGUUGUUGUAUUACUAUGCCGCCAACCAUGUGCAGCUCAAAGUUCCUUAAAGGAUAUGAAUUGGGAUCAAGAACAAUGGAAACCAUUGAUUGAAGAUCGUUCUUUUUUAGCUUGGUUAGUAAAAAUCCCAUCAGAACAGGAACAAUUACGUGCCAGACAAAUUUCUGCUCAACAAAUCAAUAAGUUGGAAGAAUUAUGGCGAGAUAAUGUCGAUGCGACUUUCCAAGAUCUUGAAAAACCUGGAGUAGAUGAAGAACCGCAACAAGUACUUCUGCGAUAUGAAGAUGGAUAUCAAUAUCAAAAUAUUUUUGGUCCACUCGUAAAAUUAGAAGCCGAUUAUGAUAAACGUUUAAAAGAAUCUCAAACUCAAGAAAAUAUCGAAGUACGUUGGGAUGUUGGACUAAAUAAAAAGACAAUCGCCUAUUUCAUGUUAGCCAAAACAGACGGUGAUAUGAAGUUAAUGCAUGGAGAUGAACUGAGACUUCGCUAUUUGGGUGAACUUCAUAAACCUUGGUCUGGAAUUGGACACGUGAUUAAAAUUCCUGAUAAUUAUGGAGAAGAAGUCGGUAUCGAAUUAAAAAAUAAUUCUGGCGCUCCGACGGAAUGUGUUAGUAAUUUCGUCGUUGAUUUUAUUUGGAAAAGUACAAGUUUUGAUCGCAUGCAAUUAGCAUUGCGAAAAUUUGCUGUGGAUGAUACUUCUGUAUCCGGUUACAUAUAUCACAGAUUAUUAGGACAUGAAGUGGAAGAAGUUCUAUUUCGCUGCCAUCUUCCUAAACAUUUUAGUGCUCCAAAUUUGCCAGAUUUAAAUCGUUCUCAAGUAUAUGCUGUAAAACAUGCUGUACAGAGACCUUUAUCUUUGAUUCAAGGACCACCUGGAACAGGAAAAACUGUAACUAGCGCUACGAUAGUUUAUCAACUUGUAAAACAAAACGGUGGUCCUGUUUUGGUAUGUGCCCCUUCAAAUACAGCUGUGGAUCAACUCACAGAAAAAAUACAUAAAUCUAAUUUAAAAGUUGUACGACUCUGUGCAAAAUCACGAGAAGCAAUCGAUUCGCCAGUCAGCUUUCUUGCUCUUCAUAAUCAAAUCAAAAAUAUGGAGACAAAUACCGAAUUGCAAAAAUUGCAGCAAUUAAAAGAUGAAACCGGAGAAUUAUCUAGCGUUGAUGAAAAACGUUACAGAUUAUUAAAAAAAGCAGCAGAAAAAGAAUUAUUGGAAGCAGCUGAUGUAAUUUGCUGUACCUGUGUUGGAGCUGGUGAUCCUAGGUUACACAGGCUCAAGUUUCAUUCGAUUCUUAUUGAUGAGAGUAUGCAAGCAACUGAACCUGAAUGUAUGGUGCCAGUUGUUCUUGGAGCAAAACAAUUAAUUCUCGUUGGUGAUCAUUGUCAAUUAGGACCAGUAGUUAUGUGCAAAAAAGCUGCAAGAGCAGGUUUAUCACAAUCUCUUUUCGAAAGACUAGUUGUACUUGGAAUUAGACCUUUCAGAUUGGAAGUACAAUAUCGUAUGCAUCCAGAUCUUUCUCGAUUUCCAUCAAAUUUUUUCUAUGAAGGUUCUUUGCAAAAUGGUGUAUGUGCAGAUGAGAGAAAAUUGUUGAAAAUUGAUUUUCCUUGGCCUGCACCUGACAAACCUAUGUUUUUUUAUGUUACUCAAGGUCAAGAAGAAAUAGCUGGAAGUGGUACAUCGUAUUUGAAUCGAACGGAAGCAUCUAAUGUUGAAAAAAUAGCAACUAGAUUUUUACGUUGUGGUGUAAAGCCUGAACAAAUUGGAGUAAUAACUCCAUAUGAAGGUCAACGAGCCUAUUUAGUUCAAUACAUGCAAUAUCAAGGAUCCUUGCACUCGAAACUUUAUCAGGAGAUCGAGGUUGCCAGUGUAGAUGCAUUUCAGGGUAGAGAAAAAGAUAUAAUAAUUAUGUCUUGUGUCCGAUCGAAUGAACAUCAAGGUAUUGGAUUUCUGAAUGACCCACGAAGGUUAAACGUAGCUUUAACCCGAGCGAAGUAUGGAAUCAUAAUUGUAGGAAAUCCAAAAGUAUUAUCAAAGCAACCAUUAUGGAAUCAUUUAUUGAGUUUUUAUAAAGAACAAAAAGUUCUAGUAGAAGGACCUUUAAAUAAUCUUAAAGAAUCUAUGAUUCAAUUUGCUAAACCAAAGAAACUUGUUAAUGCUGCUAAUCCAGGUUCUCAUUUCAUGUCUACGUCAAUGUAUGACGCAAGAGAAGCUCUUAUUCCAGGUUCCGUGUACGAUCGAUCAGGUACUCAGGUUAAUGGAACGCAAAAUCAUAAUCCUUAUUAUCAAAGAAACGUACCUUUAGAUAUAUUCAGUAGGACCCAUGACACCAUAAGCUAUAUUAGUCCAGAGAGGGCUCAAGCAGCGAUGAAUAAUGUACCAGUUCCAGUGGGAAUGUUUAUGAAUAUGGCACAUGUACCUCCGCGAUUUUAUAAUCAACAUCAACAGGCAUUACAGGCUAGACAAAAUCAACGUAAUCGUCGAGGAACAUCUUUAUCGAAAAAUAAACAGGGUCCACGAAUGGGCAAACUAAGUCAAACGGAACAAAAUACUCAACCAUAUAGUCAGCCAGGUUUACCAUUAACUCAAGGUACGACACAGGGAAUGUCACAACCAGGUUUCAGUCUUUCUCAGCCCGGCCUUAGUCAAGCAGAGCUUUCUCAGGAUUCAUUUGCUGUCGGAGAAUUUCAAUCGCAAAUGGAUGGUUUAUUAUCUCAAGACUCAACUUAUCAAGGUGAUCGAAGUGGUUUUUAUCAAUCUGGACAGUCACAAGCUGGGGGACAAUUCUCCCAGCCAUAUUGAGCCGAGAUCGUACGGCUGAGCAACGCAAUUGCUAUGCAGCGUCGCGGGAGCGACUGAAGGCUCGUUCGACCAAUUCUUCUUCGACCAACAACCACAAAUCACUAACUGCGCAAAACGGUAAAACGGCUCGGCGAUCGAGUACGGUAUAUGCACACGCAGUCGUCGGCGUUUUAAAAGAGGGUUUUAAAACAAACAAGCAAACCAAAAAAAAAAAAAAAAAAAAAAAAAAACAAAAAAAAAUACUACAAACGGGAGAGUUCGUCGCCAUUUACCGUCGAAAUGCUGAAUUGUUCUAGACGGGGAAAGGAAAUGGUUAAAGAGUAAAACCACCGGGCAUAACAAGUGCGACAAGCCAAAAAAAAAAUUUCUUAAAAAUACAAAAAAAAGAAAGAGACUGGGAGACGACAUUAUCACACUAAAUUACCAACUAUCACUGUGACACGCGUUUACCGUGAACGUACCGUUUUAUCGCGGGGAUCAAGUGACGUUAAAAUUACACACAGCAAUAUAAAAAAAAAAAAUAAAAAAUAAAAAAAAAAAUAAAAAAAAAACAUCAAAAUACUGAAAAACAAAAAAAUGUAAUGAUAAUAAAGAUAAAAGAGAAAAAUGGAAGAUAUGGAACGUGUAACGCUUCAUGACUUGAUCAAAUUUGAGAAAUGUGCCAAUAUAUUAGUUGAAACGACUGAACGAAUCUCUAAAUGGCAAAACAGAAAAAAAAGGAAAUAUUUACAAUGUUAUGGAUAUUUGAUAUAUCCACGAUGUAAACAAAAGAAAAAAAGAAUUAAGACGCAUUAUAUUAUUGAGUCUAAUAACGCGUUACAUUUUUUUUUAUUUUUCUUUAAAAAGAUAUGAAAUAAACAGCUAUUGCUGAGAAAAAUCUAAAAGGAUUAAAUCCUGGAAUUUCACAGUGAAAUUGUUUUUUCUUUUUUUUCUUUUUUCUUUUUUUGGUGAUCCGUAUGCCGUUUAAUUAUUAUUUUGUAAACUGCGAAAAAAAUUAUAAUAAAAAGUACGAUUCUUGCAACGCGUGGACACUCAACAAUAUUGAUAACAAAAGAAAAUAGCACGAUUAUUAUCGUCAUUGACUUAUUCCUGAAUUGAUAAAACAUCAUCAGGUUGAUCAGAAAUUUCUGACCAAAUUGUCGUCAAACAGCAUAAGGCCGACACUUGAGUAUCGUCAUGAAGGAGGAAUCCUUUCUCAUAAGUAUAGCGUAAUAUUAACAUUACGCUAAUCAAUAAGGAAUCUUAUUAAUUUUGAUCAUGUUAAUUACUUUCUAUCUUUUCUGGUUAGAUCGAUAUAUAUAUACACAUACAUACACAUAUAUAUAUAUUGUAUAUAUUUUAUUUACCGCAGGGGCCGACAGAGCGCGCAAGAAUGAGAAAAAUGAUUUUCAUUCAGUACUUGUUUUUUCUUUUAUAGGAUUUGCAUAUAAAUGACAAAAAAAAAAAAGAAAAAAAAGAAAAAGAAACAAAUUACAAAUGUAUGUUCAAGUAAUUAAAACAAUUUCCUUCAAAAAAGAAGGAAAAGAAAUUAAAGAAAAGAAAUAAAAAUGUUAAUUUUGAUUAACAUUGCAAUUUUAUAAUAAUAUUGUUUAAAUGAAAAUUGACACAGUUUUGAAAAAAAAAAAGAAACGAAAUUAUCUGGAUUUUGAAUAUUAUUCUUAUCUAUAAAGAUAUGAGUAGUUCAUUUAGUGUUCAUAAUAUUUUAUGCGUUCUAAUAUACUGACCAAAGUAUAUGAUUCUAUCUGCUAAUUCUUUAUAAUUUAGAUUCUUUCUUUUGUUUUCUCUCCUUUUUUUUCUUUUUUUUUUUUUUUUAUACUCUUGCAAACCCUCUGCAAUUUUUUUCUGUAUUUUUUAUCUGUACUGGCUUCUCGCGGUAAAAAAUUUGGAUAACAAACUCACGAAACAAAUUAAGAAUGAGAAAAAGAAAGAAAACAACAUUACAUAAUACAAAAUUGUUUUCUUUUCUCCUUUCCGACCAACAGCGCACCGCUAACUGCAGAAUAUAAUAUGAAAAUUCAUUGUGAACUUUAAAAAAUGAAUAAAUUUAAUUUGGAAAAACAA